AUGCUGCUGAGAUACGACAUCGAUAUCAGGUACCAGUCUAUAAUGAACAUCGGUCAAGAAGACGCAAUUUCACGCUUUGUCAACUCACGGACUAAGGAGCCUGAGUAUACAGCCAUCAAGUCCGAGGUUCAAAGUCUAUUUAUAAAUUCCAUCCAUGCAACCUCUGUCACAUUUGAAGAAGUCCGAAAUGCUAACCAACAGGACUCACUCUUGAGACAAGUCAUCAAGUGUCAUCGCAAUCAGUGGCCCACAAACACUUAUGGAGAAUUGCAACAGCGGAUGACCGAGUAUAAGCUAGUAGUUGUUGGAGAGGAUUCAUACCGAAAACAAGUCAACAUAGAUGGAGAGACUUGCAUGUUGGAUAUCCUCGACACAGCUGGUCAGGAGAAUUACAGCGCCAUGCGAGACCAGUACAUGCGAACAGGAGAGGGAUUUCUGUUGGUUUUUGCCGUAAACAAUGCAAAAAGUUUUGAGGAUAUAGAGCAGUACCGCGAGCAAAUUAAACGCGUGAAAGACGCGGACGAAGUCCCUAUGGUUUUAAUUGGGAACAAAGUAGACCUCCAGGUUCGGACCGUUGAUGCUAAAAAUGCCCAAUCCGUUGCGAGAGAGUAUGGCAUCCCGUACGUCGAAACUUCCGCCAAAACUCGUCAAGGAGUAGAGGACGCCUUCUUUACGUUGGUUCGGGAAAUACGGAAGUUUGUAAGUAGCAUAUUCAUUUUAUAA